AUGGGGAUACAAAAGACCGGCGAUACCAUCUCUAUCAGUAUUCCAGAGAACAUGUUUCUUAAUGAAAAUGGGUUAAAUGUUUCACUUGAUUACGAAGACUUGCUUGAUUGGUGUUUCCAAAGGGAGGUUGGAGAAUCGCAAAUGAAUAUAUUCAUGAAGAUCUUGAAAGAACAUUGUCACAAAGAAGGUAUCUCGGGAAUGUAUGGGUUUUGUGACUCAAAUGUUCUAUCGCCUUUGACACCAACGACAAACGACCAAGUUCGAUCUACCUAUUUAGCUCGUGUUUUUGGGUGCAAUGAGGGGAAGAACUAUAAUCAGCUAUUCUUUGCUCCUUUUAAUGACAAUAUGCAUUGGACGUUAGCUGUUAUUAGUCAGUGGAAUGGAUUGGUGUAUUGGCUAGAUCCACUUGGAGCAGAAAAUAAAAUCAACUCAUUCGCUGAAAAGAUCAUCACUGAGUAUGUAUAA